AUGUCCAACAUUUCCCCAAUCUUCCCCAUUCCCGAAUCUCAUCAUUUCACUGACUAUGGCUUCGAUUUCGAUCCCCAAAUCAACUACUUCCAGGUUAUGGAAGAAGCAAGGAAGCAUAAGAGAGAAACAUCAGCGAAAUCUUCCAUUAACGGUAUUCACUUCAAGCUCCAGAAACCCAUUUCAAAAGACGACCCGACCCGAACCACAUUACACAGCAAGAGGAAGAAACAACGGUGGUGGAAGAAAGCUUUCCCUUCUUUCCUCAAGUGGCGGAAGUGGCCAAUCUCCACCGUUGGUCUGAACGAGGAUCGUAGGGCUAAGAAUUUUCGCGCCGUAACCGGGUCAAUGUCAAUGUCAAUGUCGGGUCCGGUUUACGCAACCGAGAGUCGAAGCGGGUUGAGCACACCGUACCGUACGACGACUACUACGAGUAAACAUUCGUCGGGACCUAUAGCCGGAACACUAACGCCGGCGAGGAAAGGUGACGUGGCGAUCCCAUAUCUGAGCUUACGAGAGCUUAACAUGGAACAGCAACAGAGGAUCUCUAUCUCUUCUUCGCCCAUUUACUUGGUCACGUAA